AUUAAGAAUCAGGACUGUCUGCUGUAACGUGUUUUAACCCGUGCUUUCACUAAUGAUGAUGAUGAUGAUGAAGGGUUCACUGCUAGCGUUAACCUGUCUGUGUUCUGCACACUUUGCUGCAACCGUUGGAGGGCCUCAGGCCAUUUGCCCAAAUCCGACAAUACAGGCAGUGGAAGGUGAGACUGUCGAUCUUCCAUGUUAUCUGGAUCCCCUGGACAACGUGGAGAAUUAUGCAGUGGACUGGAAAAGACUUGACCUCAACAAGGUGGUCUACUCUUAUCGACAUCAGCAGGAAAAUCAUCAAGCACAGAUGGAUCAGUACAGAGGCAGGGCAAGUCUCAACCAUGAAGACCUGAGCAGAGGGAUCCUGACACUGCAGAUCUCCUCAGUACAGCUGUCUGACAGUGGACCAUACAGAUGCUUUGUCUCAAAACUGAUGACCCGUUGUAACACUACCCUCAUUGUAAUCAGAGACCAGCAGAACAUGACAACGAGUGGUGAUUCCAGCACAAUGAGACCUCCACUGCAUGGGCCGAACAAUCCAGACGGUGGAAACAUGAAGCUCAUCAUUGCUGUUGUCACGCCUGCUGUUAUUUUCAUCAUUCUUGUUCUGGCGAUAUGUGGAACAAUCCAGAAAUGUGUGGGGAGACUCAGAGGCAGCAGUGAGCAAAAAGCAGAGCAGGAAAAAGGCUUUGAACUUCUGAAGCCUCCAACAAAGGAUCACAUGGACCCGGGUGGCCCUGCUGCGGACAACUUGGGAAUUAAGGUGCAAACUGUACAGUGAUGAGCCACACCUGGUUUGUCCAUGAGUGGCUGUGUAAACUAGGUCCAGAUGACUGGCUUACCCACUACCCAUAUGUCUCUUCCAACACAAUCAUUUUUAAAUCAUUAUAAAGAGAUUUUUUAAGCAGACUUAAAAGCAGAAAUCAGCAGUUUUAACAGUUAAAAAUCAAGGAUCCUGUGUUAAAAUCCCGGCUGGGAACUUUGCUGUUUUGAAUGAAAAAUAUGGCACCCAUGUGAUGUGUGUAUAGUUCCUUGUUUUUUUAUUGGCAGUCAGCAAAGGGGAGCCUGUGACUGUACAUCAGCAGUACAGUUACUUGGGAACCAUCCAGGUUUAUAAACUCACCUUUGAUGCCAACACUAAUUUUAUUGAUUAAAAGUCAAACCAAAGAUUGUUCACCCAUUUUAACGUAGACAAGUGAUUGCACUGAUCGGUUGGCUUAAUAAUCUUUGUGUGAAAAACAAGAACUUGUCAGGAAAAACUCUCCCAGCAUUUUCUGCGUAGUGGUUUUAACAGGCUUCGCAGGCAUUUUCUCCCUUCAGAUGACACAAACAGAUAUUCAUGAGUUUUUGUAAUCCGUCAGCGAUAGGCUUUUUAAACAAAACUGGAUUUGGCCUGUGACUGGCUCUGGGUUUGAUAUGGUGGGUUAAAGACUGUCUAUCUUUUUAAAAACUGUAAAGUUUUUUAGUCAGCUUUAUGCCUGCACUUCAUUAGAUAUUCUGCACUGCCCACCUAAACCGUGUUAAUGACAUUUUGGACACAACCAAAAGGUCAGAGGUCAGCUUCUCUGUGACAGGCAUACAACCACUAGUUAGCUUUCUGUACAUCCUGACAGCAAUCAAACCGAAUCCUCUGUGGCUGUUGCAGGCCUGUAAUUGAUUGGAUGGCUUACCUACCGUCCACCUCCUUACCUGCCUACCCACGAGCACUCUGUCCGUGAGCUCACUGCGCGUGACCCACGUCUUCCGCUAGGCGAGGCAGAUAUGUUGCUAAAGCUACGGUACAGCCAGCAAGUUGCUCAAGAAAGGCUAAAA